AUGUCUCCUGCAGAGAUCACAAUUCGUGGCCCGGACGGCGAGUCCGUCACAGCAUUAUUUGGCGAGGCAACUCCGGAGCAGCUGAUUCCGUGCGCGGAGCUCGUGUUCUCCGCCUGGGGAAAAGGCAUCGACCGGGAGAAGUUCCUCGAGUACGAGAGACUAUUCGCGACCCAGCCACUCACCCGCGAUGGAGGUCUACGCCAGUGGUGCGUGUAUCGCGCUGACAAGCCCGCCAAGGUCUUUGCUACGUGCAAGACGAUACGCCGGCCGGUUUUGGUCCGGGAGAAGCAGCCAAUCCGGGGCUACAAGACCACAGAGGAGAAAGCAUACUGUGUGGCUGCUGUCGUAAGCGACGGCGCGUACCGUCGGCAGGGUAUUGCAGCGUUCAUGAUGGAACAGUUGGCCAAGUGGCUGGAUGGGCCCGGUGAAGCCGUCGCAAGUGUGCUCUACUCGGCUGUCGGAGAGUACUAUGCUAAGAUGGGCUGGCAACUCGCAAAUGCUCGCAAGGAAACCAAGACCAUACUGCAGGUGAAGAAGGGGCUCCCAUGGGAGCAGCUCGACCUGAUGACCGCGUGGGAGGUACACAACGAUUGCGUGUCGGACCUCUCUACGCGAGACGUCAAAUCUGUACGGGAAGAAUUCGACCAGCUCGACCUCGCACAUGGCGAGACGGCCAUCUGCGUGCUGCCCACCCCCGAAAUCCUCGGGCUGCAGCACGCCAAAGCCGAGUACAUCGGCACCUGGGCCGCCGGGGUCCCUCCAGAAGUCAAAGGCGCCAAGUGCAACCCACUGGGUACCUGGGUCUACUGGCAUCACAGUUUCCUCAAGCGGAGGCUCCUUAUCCAGAGGGUAAGGCUCCCGUUGGAUAGAUACGACCAAGGGAGCACCAUCUCGGGAUUGACAGCCCUGAUCAAGUCUGCGAUCAACGAGGCCGCACGAUGGCAGCUCGAGACGGUCGAGAUAUGGAGCGCGCCACCAGAGAUGCAGCGGGCGAUUGAGAUCCUGCACAACGAGCUCGGUAUCGAGUUUACGACCCAGGAGCGGCCCACGGCAGAUCUCGUGUCGGUGAGGUGGAAGGACGAUGCGGCUAAGAAGACGAUGGUCUACGCAAACGAGUACUACGCGUAUAAUUAA